UAGUCACUGUGAGUCAGGAUCUGAAGGAUUUCUAACAUCCCAGUUUAUGGCCCAGGAGCUAGCAGCGCCUUUUUCAUGUGGGCAGCCGCCAGAGCAGGGCGUGACUGUGUGUGUGUGUCUGUGUGUGUGUGUGUGUGUAUUUCUUCCACCCCCACACACCUACUGGGGCAUCACAGAAAAAGCUGCACUAAAAAAUGCCAACAGAUGGUGGGAGGAUGGGUAUCUAAAUGGCUAUAACCUUUCUGGAAAGCAAUUUGAUACCAACUCCAAUUUAUCUGUGAUCUUUGAUCCAUCAAAGCCACAGAUAUAUAUAUAGAGAGGGAGACACAAGGAUUUAUUGAUAAGGGGGUUUAUUCAAGACUUAUUAAAACAGUAACAACCACUUAAUGGUCAUCAAUCAGAAAGUCAUUAAAAAUGACAAAAUAGCCAUAUACAGGUUUACUGUAGGGUAUGCCAUAAAAGAGAGUGAUCAACAGCUGAUGUGACACCCACACAUAUGCAGAUUCCUGAGUUGAGGGAAACCUGAGAAUGAGUCCCUGAACUCCAUGGCGUACACAACCUGCAGCAGCGACCGAUCAGACAGCACAGACUGCAGCUCGCAAUCAAACCUGAGUCUCUCCGUGGGUUAUUUCCCCUCCGAGGACACCUUCUCCUAUGAAAACACCAUCUCCUGGGAAGACAAGUCUCCCAAGAGUCUUCCAAUCCUUGUCCCUCCUAUCCAAGGGACAUGGAGGACAGAGAGUACAGGCAGACUCCUGAGGAGACAAGACCAGAUUCGGGACGACCCAAAGCAGUUCUGCAAACUCAGCAUCACCCUGGCCUGGGAUGUUGAUGUGGGCUCAAACAAUUCAGGCUCCGUAGCUAGUUGGGACCUAACUGGAAGCAAUCAGUGGAUCAACAAGUACCCUGAAGAGAACAGAAAACUGACUAUCAGUAAGCUAGACAGUCUUGUACAAAAGCUUGAGACAUUUCUAGAAAAUCAGAAAGAUGACAAAGAUGAUGGCUCUGCAUUCCCUGGAUCUGCCCAGGAGGAAGAUUCCCAGUUGUUUGGCAGCUCCCCUCUAGACAUAGCUCAGGUCAGUCAUCAAGAACAUGAUACUUGUCAGGACUUCUCCCACGCCUGCCAGCAUGAAGGCAUCAUUCCGUUUCCACAGAUUCCACCAAGACUUCAGGAAUAUGAACUUGCUGAGAUGAUAAACCAGUCAACUGCCAACCAAAUGACAAGCACUAUAGAGACCUCCUCAGUCUCAUCAGGUCAGCCGGAGAAGGAGGACACUCAUUCCAGGACAUGGGCCCUCUCCUGUAUGAACUUCAGGUGGGUCUUCCGCUGGCUAAGGCAGCAAGUCCUCUCCUCACUUCUCAGGAGACCACACCGCAAGGAGGCCACUGAGAGGCCUCAUAAGUUGGCACGAAAGAAAAGACUCUCUCACAGAAGCAAGAGAAUCCAACCUCAAGACUCCCUUGAAUUAGGACACCCUCUAUCGCCAGAUUUUUUAACCAUUUGACAGCCCCCAUUCUACAAUCUCCAUGAGUUAAUUGUUUUCUAAUAAAUAUAACACAUACUCUUAUAUUAGUCAUGUCUUCCUCUUCCAGCCCACCAUCUUGACUCG